AUGCACUCGACCGUCGUUGGUAUCGUCGCUUUCAUGGCCUUGUACGUGUCGGCCAGCCAAGAAAGCCCGACCGUGGUCGGGUUUCCCGUCGGUCCUCCUGGCACGGCGUAUUUCGUCAAGGCCAACGCAAACGCGGCCGACAAGGUCAACGAGGAAGAGUUGGCGACCAACCACUUUUCCAACCACGUCGCCAGCAGCGCCGGCAACCAAGGCUUGCGUGAAGACGUGGUGUUUACCAAAAACAAAGCGAGCGCGGUCGCGAACGACCGAGGCUUUUCCGACGCCAUCGCCAAGAAGAACGCGGUCCAAAAGUACGACGCCAACCAAAUUGCCAAGGGCGCCGUGUUCUUUGGCCGCCGGUUGGACGACUUGGAGUGCUGGGGCAGCAAGUGCGGGGGAGGGUUGUACGCCGCCGACGCCAUUCCUCCGUCCGGGUUCAACACCGCCAAGCAGUCGGUGGAUGCGCUCAACAAGGCGGACGCACUCCAUGCAGCGAGCCAAGGCCGCGAGAGCGACGCCCACAAGCGCGCCGACUCGAAGGUCGUCGAGAGACACAAUGUCGACAUGGAAGGGUUUGCCGAGUCGAACGCCAAGUCCAAGGCGGGGGCGGAAGCCCUGUCGAAGGCCAACUUUUUCCGCAUGCGGGACGUCGACCAAGCGCGCGGCGUCACUCAAAACAACGGUCUCUUCUUCCGCCGUGUCUAA